CAAAUUAGCGUAUCAUCCAGUUCGGCUAUCAUCAAAGAACUCAAUGUCCAAACAUCAACGUUGAAUUUAAGAUGAUUAUUACACUUUUACUUGUUGAGAUUUAGUUACAAACGCAAUGAAAAUUUCGCGUCUUAUCAUCCCCAAUGAUUUUUAUUCACUCUUCAUAUAACAGGCGGCGUUGUCGCAACGACUCAUUUCGCAAACAACCACCCCCCUUCCUCAGGUAGCUUCCGACUUUUUCGGGAAUCUCUCACCUUCGUUCCUUCACCUCGCUUUCCGGUGCUAAGUGAUCCACUUCCCGCUGGUUUUCCUCCCACCUCUCACCUUUCCUACCUUUGCCGACUAAAGUAGGUAGUCGUCGUUACUUUCCCUCCGGCCUUGAUCCGGAUACCCAGUAGGUUAUUUCUUCCGCACUCCGUCUCCUAACAAAAACACAUACAAAACAAAAAUAAUGAACGCCGUAAUAAAAUACAACAACACUGUUCACUUUUUUAUUCCUUGUCCUCAUAAAAUUAACUACAUAUGUGCGGGUCCAUAUAUCACCUAAGAAAGUCUCAAUUGGCUUUCAUCCUCCUCUUAUUUUCUCAUCACAUCAUCAUCGAUUCAUAUUCUACGCCGCUACGAAUAUGGGAGCUGACAAAAAAACUAAAAGAAAUUUAAAUAAACUUGCCAGUAGUCUAGGUCAGGCUUGGGACGAUCCUGUUAGUCCCCGCCGACGUCGAGGUUCCACAACAACUUCUCGAAGCUCGGUUACUCAGGAUCAAGAUCAAGACCAACCGCGACGGUUAGAGUCGAGAAACUCUGAAACUAGAGCCAUCAUUUUACCACCUGAGCCCGAGGAGGAAAAUCCACGCAGAAUGUCUUCUAGGGGAAGUCAACGAAGAGGACCCAAUCGCAAUAGCGAAAUCGGCGAGCAUGGCGAAGAGUUAGGCAUGUGGAAGGAUAUCAAGGAAAAGAUCCCCGGCGCAGCUGAUGCAUUCAAUCUAAGCAACCAGACUGUCCUUGAUAUUCGAAAUCAAGAAAAACUAAUGGCAGAGAAGAGGGAGAAUAACUCUAUCACGGCAGAAGAUUACAAUGAGCUUGACAAGCUCUUUCGCAAGGGUGUAAGGCAAAAUGAUACAGCCAGUCAGAUUCUCACAGAGACAAUUGAGAAGCUAAAAGUAUUACGUGCCGUUCAAAAGGCCAAAGAAGACCAACAAGAAGUAAACACAUCUCGAUCAUCAACACAACGCAAUAAGGAAUCGGCCGCAGCUGCGUCUUCCUUAUAUGAUUUUGACGGCUCUGGCGAAUCCUCCGUACCCUCACCAAACCCAGCUGUGCCUCGCCGUAUGGGUGGUGGCGCCGGUAGCAGGGGCGACCGUGAUUCCGUACCACCUCGAUUAGAUCGCUCUACUCCGGCAGCCAAAGCAGGUAGUGCUGAGCCACAGACCGGAACAGCCGCCAGCUCCAUCCGUUCUAAGCAGACAUUCGCCAAGGAUGAUGAGGUCGCGUUCAAACCUAAGCCAGUCAACAACGAGCAGACGGACUGGAUACUAGGCAUAGUGCAAGACGUGCGCGGCGAAGGCAAGUCAAGGCGAUACAGGGUUCUCGACGCUGAUGUAGAUGAGAACGGCCACCAGAAGGACUUCCGUACCAGCGCUAGCAGCAUGAUUCUCAUCCCUAAAGAAGGAACCGUACUUCCACCCCUAGAAACGGGUAAGACUGUGCUGGCCCUUUAUCCUAACACGACUACAUUCUAUAAAGCUGAAGUCAUAGGGAUGGACGGCGACGGCAAGGUUAACCUGAAGUUCGAGGGCGAGGAAAGUAGUAAUACCAUGCAAGCUGUCACACGUCGGCACGUGGUGGAAUAUCGAGGUUAAGGGUGCGUGGUUUUGCUGAAUUUGGCUAGGAAGUUAGGUAGUUGAUAUGGUAGGGUAGGGCAGGGCAUGAUCCGGAGUUACUGGCUUGGGCGGGGCGUAUGAUCGCUGAUAUCAAAUUCAAGAGGGCGUGCGGAGUACGAGUUUAGCCCUUGAGUUUCGCUGGCGUAUAGCAAUAAUUAAUUAAAUGCAGCCACUAUCACGGCUAGAUUAUGUCAUCAUGUCGGCGUCGGUCGAUCAACGGAAAAGUAAAGGGUUGAUUCC